AUGUCGGCCUUCCCUCUCUUCGAUCCUCUGGGUUUGCGAGUGCAAAUCCGAGCCCACCCGCUUGCCACUUCUCGGGUCCCUAAACCAGUGCCCAGGAUCAGAACCCAAAUGACCAAAGUUGUCCAGGCUGAGCUGCGCCGGGCUAAGCGCAAGGGAGGCAGGGCGCACCGAAGCGUACGCUGCCUCUGGGACAGCUGCGCUCUGGACAGCAUCUCCGUGCGCUCGCCGCUGCGCACCAAACCGUGCGGUCUGGCGGGGAUUCUCCGGUCGCGUCCUCAGUCUUGCGCUGGACUUAAGAAUGGGGCUCCUGAUGCCUUACUAUUUGUUCUGUCAGCUUUUUUCAGGAAGAUCUUCAUCUUGCAACUGGUAGGGCUGGUGCUAACCUACGACUUCACUAACUGUGACUUUGAGAAGAUUAAACAGAAAUAUCAGAAAACUAUUUAUGAUGACCUGAAGGAAUACAUGAAUGGGUCCAAAAGCACCCAGUUCAACAGCACCAUCUCCUGUAACAACCAGCCAGAUUGCCUCACUAAAAUCCAGCGCAUAACCUUCAGUCCCACCCACGGCUGCACGUCCCUCGCCAAGGAAGAGUUUGCGCUGAGAACUAACGCUACCUUCGCUCUCCAGUGCCCAGGCUAUUCGAGAAUUCAGAUAAAUAAUGCCCAGGCAGUGGAGAAAAGAAAGAAAAGAGAAGUCACAACAAAUAAAUGCCUGGAACAAGUCUCACAAUUACUAGGAUUGUGGGGUCGUUUUUGUCGAUCUUUUCGGAAACAAAAUAAACAGUCUUUAUUACAGCCAUAUCUCUCAGCAUGA